CGGAAAGUUCGCGAAGGUUCCCGAAGCGGAACCGGCCGUUUCCGGAAACUGACUCGCUGAAGAAGUCAGACAGCAGAUUGCGGUUGAGGAGUCCCUGCAGCCGCCGCUGCGGUCCGGCUUCUGUCAGUUUGCUCGUCGCGGCGGAGAGAAAAUGUCCUUGCUGUGCUACAACAGAGGCUGCGGCCAGCGCUUUGAUCCUGAAACCAACACGGAGGAUUCUUGCACAUAUCAUCCAGGAGUUCCAGUCUUUCAUGAUGCUUUAAAGGGUUGGUCUUGCUGUAAGAGAAGAACAACAGAUUUUUCUGACUUUUUGAGCAUUGUAGGCUGCACAAAGGGUAAGCACAAUGAUGAGAAACCCCCUGAGCCUGUCAAACCCGAAGUCAAAACUACCUCUGAGAAGAAGGAGUUGUCUGAAUUGAAACCUAAAUUUCAAGAACACAUUAUCCAAGCUCCUAAACCAGUAGAAGCAAUUAAAAGGCCAAGCCCAGAUGAACCAAUGACAAACUUGGAGUUGAAAAUAGCUGCUUCACUAAAACAAGCACUGGAUAAACUUAAACUGUCAUCUGAGAAUGAAGUAGAUAAAAAGGACGAGGACAGUGAUGAAAUCAAGAUUGGGACUUCAUGUAAAAAUGGUGGCUGUGUAAAGACAUACCAAGGUCCACAGAGUAUAGAAGAAGUUUGUAUUUUUCAUUCUGGAGUCCCUAUUUUCCAUGAAGGGAUGAAAUAUUGGAGCUGUUGCAGGAGAAAAACUUCUGAUUUUAAUACAUUUUUGGCCCAAGAAGGAUGUACAACAGGGAAGCAUUUGUGGACAAAAAAGGAUGCUGGGAAAAAAGUGGUUCCAUGUAGACAUGACUGGCAUCAGACAGGAGGUCAAGUUACUAUUUCAGUAUAUGCUAAAAAUUCACUUCCAGAGCUUAGUCAUGUAAAAGCAAAUAGUACAGUGUUAAAUAUCCACAUUGUAUUUGAAGGAGAAAAGGAAUUUCAUCAAAAUGUCAAAUUAUGGGGAGUAAUUGAUGUGAAGAGGAGUUUUGUAAAUAUGACAGCCACAAAAAUUGAGAUCACAAUGAGAAAAGCUGAGCCUAUGCAAUGGGCAAGGCUUGAACUACCUUCACCUAAAAUACAAGAUGAAAAAAAAGAAGAUAUAGCCAAUUGAGAGCAAAGUUGUGGGGGGGAGGGAUGGGACAUUAGCUAUUACUUGUUUUGAGAUUCCUUAUACUGUGUGGUGAAGUGGUGACUUGCUAUUGUAAUCAUAUAGACACAUAUAUGUGUGUGUGUGUGUACACAUACAUGUUAUUAAUAUGGCAUUCCAGACCUAGUUGAAAAUAGAUUUCUAGAAACCAAAAUCUUUUCUUAUUUUCCCAGAUUCCUUUGGACUAAAUGGGGAGUGUUCUUUCUAUCUAAAUAUUGAACUUAAUAGAAUUGAAUUCCCGAGUCAGAAAAAGAAAGCUUUGUCCCUUUAACGUCAUUCAGUACUCCUCAGUAUCAUAGUCAUGUUAACACUUUCUCUUUAUUCGACAUCACUAUAAUACUAUGGGAAAUGAGAGUUUUGUUCAAUUCUUUUAGGUGUUUGGGCAUUGUAGUUUUAGGUGGGGGGAAGGGCUACAGAGAAGAAAAUUUUUUUUUUCCUUUUUAAGUUACCCGAGUCACAUUUUACAUGGUGUAAGUAAAUUAGGCCAUUUAAAUAGGGUGGACAGUUUUUUUGUUUGUUUUAAGGAGGAUAUCCUUAGAAGUGAUAAUAGUAAUGAAAGGAGAGCCUUAAUUUGUCAAAAAAAAAAAAAUAAUAAUAAUAAUAACUGCAGCUAGCUUCCAUGUACUAAUUCCAUUUCUUAACAAGCAGCCUGAUUGUUACUGCUAAGAUUCAUUGGGAAUGGAGGGGAAAGGGUUAAUAUACAGAAUCUGAAAGUAUCAAUUUGGUCCUGAUAUAUUAUUUUAUAUAAAAAUUAUGUUAAAUGACUUUCUUGUGUGAUUAUUUAAAGAUCUCAGUUCUCUUAAUUUGUGUGUGUGUUAUAGCUACACUAUUAACUUUUUUACAUCAUAUGAGUUCACCACUCAGAUUGGUGAAUUUUAUUGGAAACUAAUUUGAAAGAUUUGGGAAUUUUUAGAGAGGACUUAAGAGAAAAUGAAAAUGAUAGCUGCCUUCAGAUAUUUGAAGGACUAUCAUUUAGAAGAAGGCAGCAGUUUGUGUCUUUUCUCUGUGACUCCAGAGGGCAGAACUUGGAACUAGGUACAUGUUACAAAGUAGAUCUGCUUAGAAUUCUUAAAAAAUAUAUACUGAUAGAGUUUCUUCAGAAAUGAAAUGGACUGCCUUGUGAAAUAUAAUGAUUUUUCUGACAGUUGGCAUGUGUUCACAGUUAAAUUACUGUCAGAGAUGUUAAAUGGAGAAUUUAUUUUUACAUAUAAAAUAUUUGGUUGGGUUAGUCUAUAACCUCUAUAAGGUCCCUUUCAUCUUUGAAAUUCUGUUUUAAAGUAUGGCUCCACUAGCUAUGUGACCCUGGACAAGUCACUUAACUUCAGUUGUCUCAGCAAAAAAAAAAAAAAAAAAAAAAAGUAUGGCCCCACUCAUUAAAACACUGAAAGUAGCAUUAGUUCAAUAGAAAGUGAAAAUGGAUUUCACCUUAAUAAUAAUCUAAACUUUUAGGCAGAUCAUUUUAAUUUGGCAAAAACCACUUUAGGCAACUGAUAAAAUAUAGUUUAUAUUUUCUUCAUAAUUUUUUUUUUACUAUUUUAAUAAAAAAUUAUGUUUGGGGAUUUUUUGCUUACACUUCAUUAAGAGUUAAGCAGUGUGAAUUAGUAUAUGUUUAUUUAAUCAGAUUUUAAAUGCUAAUUAAGGUAUCCAUUAUAACAUUUUCCAUCAUGUUAUGCAAGCAUAUUUGAGGAGAUUUUUAUUUUUUAACAGUCUUGCAAAGUAGACUUGAAAAUUUGGGGUUGAAUAUUACAGUUAAAAAUGCUACAAUUGGAUCAUCAUAAAUCUUUAGAUUUUUUAUUGAUAAUAUCUUUUAUCACAAUUUCGAAAAAUGAAUAGUUAGCAAAUAGUUGAGAAUUUAACAUGUCUGGGAGUGAUCUUUAUAAGCAUAUCCCAGGAUAACAGAGCCUUAAGUGACAUUUUUGAAGUCAAAGCCAUCAUAAUUUAGAGCUUGAGCCCUAAUUGCCUCAUCAAUCACUGUUUCUGUGGAACUAACUAAUCCCUGUAAAGUCAUUUCAUUAACACAUCAUGUUUUCAAAGAAAAAGUCAACAAUAUUAGGUAGGGCAUGCCUGUGUUAUACUUUUUCCUUUAUCAUGUACAAUGCUAAUAUUUCAGUAAAUAAGGCGGCUUGAGAUUAUAUGCAUAGGUUUUGGUAACUAACAUAAGUGAUGAAUGGAUAUACAUGUUCAGAAUAUGAUAUAAUUUAAAUUGAUAAAAUAUAGAUUUUUUAAAAUCUGCCAAGCUAUAAACAUUUUUCUAGAGGUGUAUCAUCACAGAUGACAGUAGUAACAUCAAACAUCAUAUGGCUUAUUGGAUUGUUUUGCAAUUUAUAUAUAUAUAUAUAUAUUUUUUUUUUUUUUAAACUUUCCAUACCUUAGUUUCUUUGUGGUUAGGACUGUGCUAAUUUAUAAAUUCUGAAGUCCUUCUCCACCUUGUAUAGAGUUGAGACCAUCAAUAAUCAAGAAAUUAGAAUGAUACAAAUAUACUGCAAAUGAAUUUUUCACGUUAGCGUUUUGUUAAAAUCUGGUUUUUCUGAUGCUGUUAUCUCUAGAAAUUGCAUUUUGAUGGAUAUUAAUUCACAAAUUUGCACAAAGGGCCCUCUAAAGGCUGAUAAGAUGUUGGGUGAUUUAGGGAAAUCAUUCUAAUUAAAUUAUAGUUAAAACAUUUGUGUAUUUUACAAUUUGUUUCUUGCUAUUGAUCCUGGACAUAAAAAAUAAAAUGUUGCUAUGAUUUGAGAAAUAAAGAAAAUAUAUAGGACAUUACACUAGGUAAAUUUGUGUAAGCAAAUAAUCUUCCUUUUGGUGACCCCAACCAUUUUUCUAAUUUUUUUUUGUUUUGUUUUGUUUUCCAUCCCUGCUCUGCCAUCCAUCCUAUUCCAAAAGGAAAUAAGAAAACUUCACUAAUUUCUGACUAAAACUAAACUUCUGAAGUUUAUCUUGUACUACCUAUUUUGUACUAUAUUGGUCACAGGUUCAAACAAAACAAAGAAUACAUUUAACUUAAGCCAGAUUUGUAGCUUUAUCUAGAAUCAUUAGCCAAACUCACUAUUUUAUGGUGAAAGACAACAUUUUUAAACUUUAUGUUAUUCACUUGUUAAGAGUUAAGUCCUUCCUAAAAAAUUUGAUUUCCUUUUUUCACCACAUUAUUGAUAAAGCUUUCAAAUGGAGAAUUAUUUUGUGAAAGUUUAGUUAAAGGCAGUUUUAUCAGGAUGGUUUUUUCUGUAAUGAAUUUGUAAAUAUUUGUAAAAAAUGUAAACCAAAAUCAACCUAUAAAUGGCCAUUAAGUCAUGUAAUUUUGUCAAUCCUGUCUUGUUACUGUUGAAAGACCUAUUUAUCUAGUCUGUUCAAAUUUGUUACAUUUUUUAUAGUGGCAUACAUAGAACUGUAAUACUACUUCAAUAUUUAUAUAUUGUGUCUGAGAUUUUAAUUCCUUUUUUUUGACUAUAAGCUUAUUUGGUUUCAGAGAUUCCCUUAAGGGAAAAUCAGUAUUCAGGCUCAUUUUUUUUUUCUUCUGAAUAAAUGUUUUCUGUGGUCUGGUAUCAUUUUGAAUACAAGUUAUUUUCUUUUAUUGUAGUAAGUCAGUCACUCAUUUUCCACAGUUUGUGAUUUAAAAAUCUUUUAAGUUUUAACUUUGGAUUUAGGGCACUUACGUUACCAAGUCACCAUUUCAGCAAUUUCUUGGUUUUAUUACAAAAAUUAUGUCAGUUAGCACAGUAUUGGCAAUUACCAUAUCCGUGGCCUAGAAUAAUAAAUGCUAUCAUAGUUAAGUAUAAUGCCUUCCCUCUAUUCCCUACCCAAAGAUAAUUUUGAGUAAAACAGCUUCUGGUUUUUACAAUUAAUAUUUGUGAGUGUCUGGAACACUUUUGUGUGAUCAUUAUGCCAUCUACAACAAAAGCCUUUUCAAUUCUGGUCUUUUUUUUUUUUUUUUUUUUUUUUAACUUAUGCAUGUUUGUCUAAUUCUCUGCAUGAGGGGAGAUCAUGAAAUAUUUUUCUUUAAGAAUGUUUUCUAAAGAAUUAAUUUAUUUGUUAAUUUUUUUAGGUUUUCACUUUCAACAACCACCACCUUUAUUGUCUGUGAUGAAGCAAUAUAAUAAAAAAUUGUGCUCCUGA